GUGGUGCCAACGUUUAGGUCAGUCACAGUGUUGCCAACCGAACCAGUUUAUAUCUUCUCAGUUGGACAUCCCGCUCAGUUAGCCUCUGGACAUUAUUAGUGAAAGACUCAACAAUGUAUUUAGAUAAGUGUAUUGUGUUAGUUAUUUGUGCUGUUAUAGUGAGUGGAAGAGGACAAAAACAGAACCGCCCAAAAGGCUGCACGUUAGACAGUGGAGAAAAAAUAAAACUAGGUCAGCAAGUAGACGUACCAGGCAAAUGCAGAUUGCACAAAUGUAUCGGCAACGGGGAAUGGACCACGGGACCAUGUGGAUAUCUAGGAGUUCCAGCAGGCUGGGGUUCAACCACCGAGGAUACCUCUAAUACAGCCAAGUAUCCAGAGUGUUGCGCUCACUUGAUUCCUCCACUGGAUAUUGUUCCGGAUGUGCUCGACUCACAACCGGGAACUGAGUAUAUGACCAUCAACUACGGUCCAGGUGUGACAGUUGAUGUUGGCACUACCUUGACCCCUACUCAGGUUAAAGGAGAACCAGAAGUAAACUACACAUUCUGGGCGGAUCCCAAGUCCUACUACCUCCUUGCCAUGGUAGAUCCGGACGCACCGAGCAGACAGAAUCCGCAAAACAGAGAGUUCCUGCACUGGUUGGUAGCGAACAUUCCCGGAGACAACAUCAAGUCCGGAGAAACGAUCGUGGAAUAUGUUGGAGCAGGACCCCCGCAAGGGACUGGGCUACACAGAUACUUCUUCUUGCUUUACAAGCAACCAGGAAGAAUAAAUAUCAAUCAGCAAAGGAUAAACAAGAACUCUGUUGGGUGGAGACCAAAAUUUUCCAUUAAGAAGUUUGCCAAAAAUUAUCGUCUCGGUCGUCCCGAAAGUGUUAAUGUAUUUCAGGCCAUGUAUGACAGUUAUGUACCGGAAAUUCAAAAACAGCUCUCAGGGACUAGCUCACCAUCUGGAAAUGUGUUGGGUCAACAAAACUACGGUAACAACCCAUGGGGAGCUUCCAGUCAACAACCUGGUCAAAAUCCAAAUCCACAACAACCUGGCCUCGGACCUUGGGUACAAACUCAACAACCAGGUCAACAGACUGGUUUCAACCAACAACCACAACAACCUAAUGUCAACUGGCAACAAACUGAACGACCUUCCUACCCCAACCAGCCAGGUCAACAAUUCGGCCCCAACAACUAUCAACAACCACAACAACCUAACUACUCCAACCAGCCAUCUGGCCCCAACAACUAUCAACAACCACAAAACGGUUACAACUCACAACCCAGCGCUACUUCUUCCGGUAACUACUGGUUCGAGAAAAGAAAACAGCAACAAGUUUCUCUGCUCAGUGUUUGCUUGACUGCACAUUCAGUUUCAGGUGACUGCAUGGUGGACGACCACGUAGUCAAAGUAGGGGAGAAAGUCGACGUUCCUGGCAAGUGUGUCUACCGAGCCUGCGCUGGCACUGACCAAUGGAUCAUGAAGGCGUGUGCGUCCAUCGGGCUGGCUCCAGGAUGGAUCGUUACCCCCGAGGAUGUGUCAAAGACGUACCCAGAGUGUUGCGGGAGAGCUGCGCCUCUUCUGAACAUCAUUCCUGAUGUCGUGACAGGGCUGCGAUGGAGCCUUGCGUUGAAACUAACCUACGCUAACAACAUCGUGGACUACGGCAAUGAGCUGACACCGACGCAGGUGAAACUUCCACCAGUUGUCGACUACUGGGCGGACCGUGACUCUUGGUUCUUGCUAUCCAUGGUCGACCCUGAUGCUUCCACCCAGUUCCUUCACUGGCUUGUAGGAAACAUCCCGGGGAACGACGUAGCGAGCGGAGAUAAUCUAGCAGAGUAUGUCGGCUCUGGACCUCCUAAAGGAACGGGUCUACACCGAUAUGUAUUCCUUCUGUACAAACAGAGCGGAAAUAUCACAUUUGACGAACCUCUUUUGGACACGAGUUACCGGGGAAGACGAAACUUUUCGGUUGAGAAGUUUUCCCGAAAAUACAACCUUAGCGAUCCUAUCAGUCUGAAUUUUUUUGUCGCCCAGUAUGAUGAUUACGUCCCCGAAGUUCUCAAGCAGCUUGGAAUAACGUCAGUUGAUUGAUUAAAUUUUGUCGAGGAUUUAGAUUUAGUAAAACUUAUUUGUUUAGAAUAAAUAAAGGUGUUGGCAAAUAUGGUUUUUGACCUGCUACUCUAAUCUGGUAUUUACCAAAGCAGCAAUGUAUUUAUAAAAUAAAAUAUUUUACUGAUUAA